AUGGUUGGCGUCCCGGGAGCCACAUACCGGGGCGCCCAAACGGCUCCGCAGCAAGCAGUGUCUGACUCUAUCAUUCAUUCACGGGCGCUCUCGCGUUCCGCCUUUGAAGCUCAGCGUCUAUGUCUGUUCCUCGAGGCAUACCUUCCGCAGACGUGGGAUGCCACGGAAAAUGCCGGGCUCUCGACCGGCAGCGAUUGGCCCUCGCUUGUCCGUCAGAUGGACGGGGAUGGAACAGCCGUAACGCCGGAGUGGAAAAUCAUACCCUGGACGGUCUCGUCCAAAAGUCCCGAAGACCACCUCCUCGAUAUUCUACUCGACAUUCCCGAGGUCCUUGAGAGGUAUGACGGUUUGCGGGCUAGCGUCGACCUUUCCAAGCAGAGAGAAUUACGUGACGCCCUCCGCCUCAAAUGCCCAAUGGGCCACGGAAAACGCCGCAAUCGCCUGCUUUACGCCCCCUCCAAACAGCCAUCGCUCACUGAGCUUGAAUCGCUCAAGAUCAAGGCUCUAUACCUGACCGGCUGCCUCCUGCUUUACACCACCUGGAAGAUGGUGUCUGAUGCAGGAUCGCCAAUAGCCGCGCCACCAGAUCCGAGCUACUCAAGAUCCCUUGAAGACAUUGCGGCCCUGACACCUAUGCUCCUCAGCGCAAGUACGGGCAUGUUUGGGAAGCAGGUGGCGUCUUGGCCGCUAGCCAUUGCCCUCCAAUUUUUCAUGGCAUUUGCGCAACCACAAUUCGAUAAGCAAAAGGCGGCGUUGGUCAAGUGCCUGGAUGGGCCCCAAGCCCAAGUAAUACGGGAAUUUAUUCACAGCAUGAAUGCAGAUAGCCAAAGUCACCCUCCUUGGAUGACAGAUAUGGGCGGGACACGGGGGAUUAUAGAACGCGCGAGGAAAUGGGUCGGCAUUGAGACGUCGCUUCCAGAUCAUUCUGGGUGA